AUGCAAGUAUCUACAGUUAGUGUGCUCCUCAUCUGGGUGCUCUGUGCACAGUACUCGUGCAUUGCGCAUGGCCAAGCAUAUGCGUCUUACCUGGAAGAAUCAAAUAGUCCUGAAAUAUUUGACAGCUUGUUGAAAUGGCGACGGGAGCUGCAUACGAUGCCAGAAUUGUAUUUCUCAGAAUUCAACACAUCUCAAUAUAUACGUGCACAGCUCGAUCAACUUGGCAUCCCGUAUGAGUAUCCUAUUGCUGGCACAGGAAUUCGUGCUGGGCCACUUGGUGAGCUCACCGACGAGGACGCCCCAACCAUUGCAUUGAGAGCCGACAUGGAUGGCCUGCCGAUAACCGAGGAAGACGAUGUGCUGUACAAAAGUAAGACACCUGGUCGCAUGCACGCAUGCGGUCACGAUGCCCAUAUGGCGAUGCUGCUGGGUGCUGCCAAGUUGCUCAAGUCACGGGAGACUUCCCUGGCGGCUCUGGGGGGUCGAGUGGUGCUGCUGUUCCAGCCGGCUGAGGAGGGGAUGGGGGGAGCGCGGGAGAUGAUACGAGGGGGGGCUGUCAGGGGGGUGGGGGCAAUACACGGGCUGCAUGUGUGGCCAGCAUUGCCGGCAGGUGUGAUCGGCACUCGUGGCGGUGUGCUGCUGGCGGCCUCCGACCGGUUCUCCUUUACGGUGCGGGGUGUGGGGGGUCACGGUGCCAUACCCCACACGGCCCGGGACCCCGUGGUGGCUGCGGCGGCGGUGGUGGUGGCGCUGCAGGCGCUGGUGGCGCGAGAGACGUCACCCGUGGACUCGGCGGUGGUGACGGUGGCCAGGUUCAACACCGGUCCGGGCGCGUCCAACGUCAUCCCCGACGCCGUACACCUGUCCGGCACUGUACGGGCUCUUACGGCCGACACCUUCGCCCGCCUGCACCACCGUGUGGAGCAAAUGGCGGCUGGGGUGGCGGCGGGGUACGGCUGUGUCGUAGACAACAUGACGUGGAGCGAGGUGCCGUACCCUCCAACUCGGAAUUACCACGGUAAAAACGUUUUGAAAACACUGGUGUGGUCAGGGACGGUGUCCGGGGACCAGCAGGGGCUGCAUGGUGGCCCCUUCCCACAACUCCCAACUCCCAACUCCCCUCUUGCCGCCUUCACCUUCCUCGGCAUUGGCGACCCCGCCAAGGGCACCGACGUGGGUCUGCACUCCCCCCGCUUCCGGAUGGAUGAGGACCAGCUGCCGCUGGGGGCCGCCCUGCACGCGGCGCUGGCGACAGAGUGGAUU